GUUUAUUUUAUCUGCAUUAACUGAAGGAAAAUUAAAAGAGUGAUUCAAACCUUUGUGCUCUUAAAUAUGUAUUUACGCAGGACAGCAGCUAAGGAUUGGCUCAUUUCAGACGCUUUGAGUGAAUAUAAAGUAGCAUACAAAGGCAAUGAGGGGGUUGACGCACUGAACUUGGAUUUAAAACAAAUUCUGAAAAAUUCAACACAAGAAAUUAAAAUUAAAAUGGCUAAAAAGUUGCUGGCCGAAUUAAAUGUUAUUAAAGGCGAUGAUUCUAGAUCAAGUUCAUAUGAAAUAAAAAAUAAUACGAUUUAUGGUCACCAAAUCUUUGGGUCAGCCAAUCAUUUGAAUAUCGAAGGUCGAGGAGAGUCAGACACAGAAAAGCACAGAAGAAAAAAAGCAAAAAAAGUUAAUAAGCUUGACAAAAUUAACGAUUUUUCUAAAACGGAAACAGAGGGAGACGAUGAUGAUGAUAUUACUUCUACUGACGCUUUGGAGGAAGAAAUUGAGUUUGGUGCUGAAGAUGAUGACAAUAUUGACUUUACUAGUGAUUUGGAUGAUGUUGAUGCAUUAGAUUCUUCCAUCAGCUUCCGAAAAUGUGCUUACAAGUAUUAUUAUUGUUUGGAAAAAAAAAAAGAGGUUGGUUUGCUACCGACAAUUGCUCACACCUUACUGGAGGAAACUGGUGAUCACGCUCCACUUGACCGUUACACUCUUAAAAUUCUUGACAAAUGGGAAGCAAAAGAGAAUGUGGAUGCUGACGAGCAACAGUACUUGAGACUAAGCAUGUCACGAAUCAUCGAUACAAUGAAUAAAAGAAAUCCCAUUCUUCAAUUAAUUGGUGAAGCAAAAUUAAAUGAAUACAGACAGAAACUCAAGAAAGAAGACCUGAAUUUGCCAUCUACAAUUUCAGAUUUCAUUAAUAGUUUUAACAAGCAAGUGAAAGAUGAAAACGAAAAAGAUUUGAUGCUUUUCAUCAUGCAAGCAAAGCUUGGUGCUUGGACACGAAAUAAUGAAGACUUGAAAAAAGUUAUAGAAAUCUAUGAAUAUCUGGUUGUAAAUUUGGCCGAACUAAAGAAUAUCAACAAAACCUAUUCCGAAUUGCAAUGCUUCUUUCCAGCAUAUCACAUUUUAAGUAUUUUAUUCCGAGACACGAAUAUCAAAAUAGUCAUCGGUGAAAAGGGAUGUGAUACCUCUAAAAACGCUCGAAAAAUUAAUGAACAAUGUUUCACACUCAAAAAGCCUACAAAUGUACGCGGAAGGAAAUUAGACUUGAUGCUCGUAUACGACGAUAUUGUUCUUUGCUCUGCCGAAUGGAAAUCGAUGGCUUCAUCAAGAGCUGUUAUUAUGAAGCAAUUUGUUAAGAAUCUUCGUGUCAACAAUUGCAUACUUCAUGAGUUGAGGGAACAUUUGGACGAUGAUAAUACUAUAAUUUUAGGAAUGGAUUGGAAGGGUACAAAUAAUAGUUUGAAUACAAUUUCGCAUUUAUUUAGAUAUCUCAACAUCCAUUUUCUCUUUUUAUUUUCUUUUUUAGGAUUGCUUGGUUAUAGUUAUUGUAUGAAGGUGAUAGACAAGGUGGUGGUUGUAAAAGAAACAUGCAAACUAUUCCUCCCUCAAGAUAAAUGUGAAUUUGAAGAUUUUUUUGACACAGUCGCAUCACUUGUACAAUUUAAGGCUCAUUAUGUUGAUAUGACUAAGAAAUUAAAGGUCAAGAUUUCCAAACAUCGCCGAGACCGUUUCUAUGAUGAGCAGUUUAAUAUCACCCCUACCAACAGUCGAAGCCCCUCCCCACAUACCUUUUUUACUCCAAAGCGGCCAACUACUGCUCGUCAACAUGAAGAAUAAUUGUUGAUGUAAAAUAAUAAAGUAACUGAUACCAAUUUAUAGUUUUUUUUUGUUAAAAAAAACAAAUCGUC